AACAAGAGGAAUUGUCAAAGAUCUCGUCACAUCACGUCGCAUUCAGGCCGAUAGAACGAGAACGCUGUUGAUGUCUUAUGGUAGACUGCUGGGGAUCUAAAGAGAAGAUUGAUUUUUUCUUCUUCUUGGGCGCAGUGAUGGAAGAACUUACCGCGUUUGUCUCUAAAUCUUUUGAUCAGAAGGUGAAGGAAAAGAAGGAAGUGAUCACGUACCGGGAGGUGCUGGAGGCCGGCUCGGCGAGGAACAGGGAGAGUCUGUCAGUGGAACCGGUUCGCGAGGAGCUGAGCAGCAUCACGCGGGGCGGCGUGCGCUCAUCGCCGGCCAGAGAAGCGGACAUGCUCGCGUCAGAGAGAACCAGAGACUCGAUCAGCCCCAAACUCACAGACGGUAACACAGAUAUGAAAGAACGCAAAGAGGAUUGUAAGCCGCUGGAGGAUGAGACACAGACUAAAAUCAAGCAGAGAAGGAGUCGGACUAACUUUACCCUUGAGCAGCUGAAUGAGCUGGAGAGACUGUUCGAUGAAACGCACUAUCCAGACGCCUUUAUGAGAGAGGAGCUGAGCCAGAGACUCGGGCUGUCGGAGGCCAGGGUACAGGUUUGGUUUCAGAACCGACGGGCCAAAUGCAGAAAGCAGGAAAAUCAGUUGCAUAAAGGAGUUCUCAUCGGAGCGGCGAGUCAGUUCGAAGCGUGUCGUGUCGCUCCAUAUGUCAACGUGGGAGCUCUGCGCAUGCCAUUCCAGCAGGAUAGUCAUUGCAACGUGCCGCCCUUCUCCUUUCAGGUGCAGGCGCAGCUGCAGCUGGACAGCGCCGUGGCCCACGCGCACCAUCACCUGCACUCGCACCUGGCGGCGCACGCGCCCUACAUGAUGUUUCCCGCCCCGCCGUUCGGUUUGCCCCUGGCGACGCUCGCGGCGGAAUCCGCCUCGGUGGUGGCGGCGGCGGCAGCGGCGGCAAAAAGCACCAACAAAAACUCAAGCAUCGCGGAUCUGAGACUGAAGGCGAAAAAGCACGCGGCGGCUCUGGGGCUGUGACGUCACUGAGCAUCGCACGCGACAGAGAAACGCAUUAUUUAUGUUUCCUCAUGAAGGACACGCGAGAGAAAAAGGAGAGGCUAUUUAUGAGAACACAAACUGUGAAGUGGACAAACUUUACGUGGAUAUUUUCGCGGAUGGAGGGACAACUCCACAAAAUGUUGAACUACGAGAAAAUAAAAAAGUUGAACUUUUGCAGAAGACAAGAAGCUGAAUCUGAAUAUGAUGAUAUAAAGCAGCUGGGACGAUUGUUCGGCUGUUUGUGUGACAACAACGCGAACAUUUCUGCUUUAAUACGUUAUUAGUAAUUAAUGAAAAUAAAGAGGCUGGCCUCGUUUUAUUUGAAACAAAGUUUCUCUGUGGAUAUUUGUGAAAUAUUACAGAAAUCACUUUUGUUGCCAAACAUGAAAACCGCAGUGUUAAACACGGAUAAAACACGAUUUCAGUUCAAGUUUAUGCUCUUUGAGUUCUGAAACAAAAUAAAUGAGCAUUAAACGAAACGAUGAUCGUUCCUUUGCUUAUUAAAGAGUGUAUUGUGAAUAUAAUCCGAUAUCAGGAAAUUAUUCAACGGAGAGUCUCCGUCAGAUGCCCAUAUUAGCACACAUCAGGCUUUUAUUCUCGGUGUAAAAAUCUAAUUCAGGUAACACACUAAUAUUGAUAUGGUACGGGCACGUGUAAAAUACCUAUGUUAAUACCGACAAAAUGAGUUUGGUUGUUUUAUGCUUCAUCAAGGCAUUGUGGGAGCAUAUUCUGGAUUUUCUUUGCUAUUUCUUUUCGUUCUUGUUCCUUCAUCUCUUUCUCAGUGUCUACAACCAUAUGUGAAUCUCUCAAUGUAAUGUUCAUGUUUUAUAAGGGUUAUAAAAGGACAUCGACUGCGGGCACUCAUUUUUAUGAUAUCUAUGAUUUUAUCAUGACUGUGAAACUUGAGCUCAC